CACGGAUUCUUGAGCCAGCUAUCUCUUGAUGUCGAAAUGGGUUCUAAGUCUCCAGAGCAUGAGAACCAACCAAAUGGUGGUCCGUCCGACACUGGCAGCGCCAUUGCCGCCGGCGGCGAACCACGAGGCACACACCUAUCCCGGGAUGGCGAUGUUACCCUGGGCGAUGAUGGCGGAGACGACGACGAUGAUGGGGACAAGGCCGGCCCUGCUACCUCGCUGACACCCCAAGCUACACCGUCAACUUCUUCUAAGAAGAAGAAACGUAACAAGAAACCCAAGAAGAAAACUUCAUCCGUGAAGCAGUCGUUCCCACCACGGGUUCCUUUGGCAAAUCUCUUCCCUAGCGGCCAGUAUCCAAGCGGCAAGAUUCAGAGCUAUAGUCCCGUGGUCGAGAAUACGGCGCGCACGACAGCUGAGGAGGACCGCUAUUUGGCCCGCACACACCUUCACGAUGACAAGUUUCUCAACGACUAUCGCAAAGCAGCAGAGGUCCAUCGCCAGGUCCGGGGCUGGGUGCAGGACAGUGUUCGGCCCGGUCAGGCUCUCACAGACAUCGCAGUGGGCAUCGAAGAUGGCGUUAGAGCGCUGCUCGACAAUGCCGGCCUCGAAGCUGGACAGGGUCUUGAGUCAGGAAUGGGAUUUCCCACCGGGCUGGCGCUGAAUAAUUGCGUUGCGCAUUACACGCCCAAUCCUGGCCAGAAGGAAAUCUUCCUACAGGAGAGCGACGUAAUGAAGGUCGAUUUUGGUGUCCAUAUCAACGGUUGGAUAGUUGAUAGUGCGUUCACCAUGUCAUUCGAUCCAACAUAUGACAAUCUGCUCGCUGCAGUGAAGGACGCUACAAACACUGGUAUCAAGAAUGCUGGAGUUGAUGUCCGGAUCAGCGAUGUCAGUGCUGCCAUCCAGGAAGCGAUGGAAAGCUAUGAAGUUCAAAUUGGCAGCAAAACCUUCCCUGUAAAACCGGUGCGGAACAUCACCGGGCACAACAUCAAGUGGUAUCAGAUCCAUGGUGGAAAGUCCAUCCCUUUCGUCAAGAAUAGCGAUCAAACCAAGAUGGAGGAGGGAGAGGUAUUUGCUCUUGAAACCUUUGGGUCGACAGGGCGUGGGUAUAUAGUCGAUGGGCCUGGCGUCUAUGGGUAUGGAAAGGAGCUGGAUGCACCGAAGACGAUCACAUCGCCUCUUGCCUCAGCCAGAUCUCUGUAUAAGACAAUCAACGAUCAUUUCGGCACGCUUGUCUUUUGCCGCCGUUAUCUCGAACGGCUUGGAGUUCAGCGGUAUUUGGCCGGUAUGAACCAACUGGCGAACAAAGGCAUUGUAGAGGUCUACGCGCCGCUUAUGGAUGUCGAAGGAUCGUACUCGGCACAGUUUGAACAUACAUUUCUGCUGGGGGAGUCCAGCAAGGAGAUUAUCAGUCGCGGCGAUGACUACUAGAUGAUCACUGAGGUGCAUCCGGUACGAGACUGCCUAUAUGCCUGUUAUUUUUUGGUUUUAGUCGACAUCUCUUUCUUCGAACGCCAUCCAACAUGGCUUGCUCUGGACGCUCUGGGUCUCUUCACCAUUCAACAUGGUAUGCCGCUCGUUCCUGACCAGCUUUACCCCUGGUACUACAGGCCGGAUUUAUCUUUAUCUAGUAACAGAUAUGCUAUUUGAACAAAACAAGAUUGAAUUCGGCUUUUGCCAACACUAUCUACAAAAAUUUCUCUCCAAUUGACCUUGUUGCUCUGGGCGAAAUACCGUAACUAGCCACCAGCCGAAUAGCCAAGUAGACAGACGUUUGUCCUUCUUUUUGCAAGUAUUCUCACCGCCUGGCAAAUGAAGUCAUGACCGCAUUCCACCGCCUAAAAUAACCA